CGGUAACAACACGUCAGCUGCAAAGAACGAUACAAAACAUCAAAAUUAGAAUGUCUGGAGAGUUUGCAGGCAAUGAUGGGUUUUACAGUGGGGGGUACAGUUAUGAACAGAACACGAAUUAUGACAUGGGAGGUGGACAGUAUGGACAGGAGACGCAGUUUGGCCAGUUUGACUACAGUCAGGGGUACGGCUCAGAGCAGCAGUACUCAGCUCCCCAGUCCAAUAUGUACACGGGCUCCAUCAUGACACCGGACAUGAGUGCUACCUAUGCCAGUCCCAGUAGUUCAGACAGCUAUGAAGACGAGCCCCCUCUGUUGGAAGAACUUGGAAUUAACUUUGAUCAUAUUACACAAAAGACACUGGCGGUUCUGAACCCAUUCAAGGCAGCUGAACAUGACAUGAUGCAGGAUACAGAUUUAGCUGGACCCCUAGUAUUCUGUCUGGCCUUUGGAGCAUCCUUGAUGCUGAGUGGUAAGCUGCAUUUUGGAUACAUCUAUGGAAUUGGUGUGGUGGGCUGUGUUGCCAUGUAUUUCCUGCUUAACAUGAUGAGCAUCACGGGGGUAUCGGUGGGCUGUAUCAUCAGUGUACUGGGCUACUGUCUCCUACCAAUGGUCAUCCUGUCCUUCUCCGCUGUACUUCUCUCCCUCAAGGGGAUGCUGGGUAUUAUACUGACGGUAGUGGCCGUGCUAUGGUGCAGUUUCUCCUCCUCUAAGCUAUUUGUGUCCGCCCUGUCAAUGGAGAAUCAGCAGCCUCUGGUGGCCUAUCCCUGUGGACUCGUUUAUGGAGUUUUUGCAUUAUUAACUGUGUUCUAAGGGACUGGUCAUGUGACAAUGUUAAAUUAUCAGGAAAAUUGUGUCUUGAUUCACUCUAGUGCAUUUUUUUAAAACCAAGAGUAUUUGAAAAGAGUGCAACAAAAAUAUUUUGCUAUGCUUUAAGGACAUGGAAGGAGACAAUACUGGUACAAUAUACAUGAGAAAUGAUAAAGUGAAACAAGAAAAAAUAAUGCUGUCACAUGUAUAUACUUUUUAGUUUGCAUGUUUGCAAGACUUGUGAUAUAGUUCUUCUGUUGUUAUUGACAAAGUAUUGCAGAGCUUAUUUAUUUUAUAAUGCUGAAUGUGAAACAUUUACAAAUUUCAGUAUAUUUUCUUCACAUGCUUAAAAGCUCACUAAAGUUUGCAUAAUUAUGAAUAUAUUGAAAAUAAAGGUUAUAAAUGAC